AUUCCUCCAGCCACUUCCGGUUCCCCUCAUCCUCCUCAUUCGACGCUGGAGAGAACCAUGGAGAAGACCCCCGCCACGGCCGCCACUCUCCCAGACGCAGAGCUGCCACUUCCCGAACCUGGGCUCUCCCCCACCCGCAUCAGAGGCAAAGCCCAGGAGGAGAAGUUGCUGCCGCCGGUGCUGGAAAUGCCCCCCAGGCCUUCCUUGAGCGGUUCUCACAAUGUUGGGCUUUGGGGCAUCCAGAGCCAGCAUUCGAGUGGUAUUCGAAACCAGGACCUGCGGCUUCCAAAACACAGACCUGCCCCAGGGAAGCGCUACCAAUGCACUGGAGAUGGAUGCCGCCUGGCCUGCCGUUCCAUGCCGGAGCUCCUGGAGCACAUGCAUGCCCACUUCCGGCCCACCCAGUCCCUGGAAGGGAAAACCUUCCGCUGCUCGACACUGGGCUGCGCGGAGUUGUUCCCUGACAUGCAAAGCCUGAUGGGACACAUGAAGGUGCAUUACAAGCCCAACCGCUACUUCAAAUGCGAGAACUGUAUGUCCCGGUUCCGGACUCACCGCUCGCUCUUCAAGCACCUCCAUAGCUGCUUAGAUGCGGCCGCCAGCCGGCAUUCUUUCCCCACGGAGAAGCCCCCUUCUGUAGCAGGGAAGGAACUGGAAGAGCUGCCCAAGCUCCAGAGUGUUCUGCAGAGCAUCCGGAAGGACACCGUACUCCCUAUGAAAAAGGAAGUGACGGAAGAUGCCCCAGAUGAUUCGCUGCCGAUCGAGCUUCAUGGCGACAUAGGCAGCUCCUCCACGGAACCAGGCCCGAUCUCCUCAACGGCUGCGCACUCAUUCCCAUUGCUGGAGCAGUCCCUCUUUGGGCCGUCCGCCCUGGACAGGUUCUCCGGCUCCGUCCCAGGUCCAUUCCUGCCCUACAUGCACCCACCGGGCUAUGGCUUGUCUCCCACGGCCGUCCAGAACCGCCUCCGGCCCUUCCUGCCUGGGCAAGGCCUCCCCGUCUCCAAUGCCAUCUGGAAGAAAAGCCAAGGGCAUUCCUCCAACAGCCGCAUUGUGUGGGAGCACACCCGGGGCCGUUACAACUGCCUGCAGUGCCCCUACUCCACGGCUUCCCGGGAGGAGAUGACUCAGCACACGGAGGAGCACCGCAAGAACCCCUCUCCCCCUGGACGCCUGGAUGGCGAAAUGGAUUUUGGAGUCACCAUCCCUUCGUUCCACCCGAAAUUGACACCGUCAGACGUGGAGAACCCCCUCUUUUCGCCGUUGUGAGGCACUCACAGCUCAUUUUUUAAAAUCAAUUUUAUUAUUAUUAGACUUGGCUCCAAACAGCAGAACGUGCAGCAGCCUAAACCCAGCACCUCGCUUCCCUUCUUUCCACUCUCAAAUCAGCUGCCGUUUGGAUAUAAGGAACGAGGAUAAUUAUUUAUAAUGUGAUGUAGAACAUUUCUGUGCAUCUUUUUAAAAAGGCAUUCUUCCUUGCUCUCAGGGUGGGGUUGGUUGGGGGGACUCUCAAAACGGGAGGAUCAAUUCUGCUCAGGUUUGUUAGUUGGCUAUUGCUGCUUUUUUGAAGAUUUUUUUUGGGAGGGGAUGACACAACAAUAAAAAACCAGAAAUUGUACAGAAA